AGAUUCAAUUCGUCCAGGCUUGACAAUGUUAUCAGCAUCGGAGGUAGUUGGCCACUGAUGAAAUGGGCACUGCGUUGGCAUUUAAAUCAUUUUUGAUAAGAUAAACACUACCAUCAAAUCAUCCAAAAGCUUUUGCUAUUGUCUCAUAUAAUUUAAACAUCAAAACUGAAGUCUUAAAAUGCCGAGCAACAAGGUGGACAAAUCUGACAAGCCGGAGGUCAUGGACAACGUCAAAGUGGUUGUGCGAUGUCGCCCGCUAAACCAGAAGGAGAGGAGUAUGGGCCACAAGCAGGCCGUCAGUGUGGAUGAGAACCGAGGGACCAUAACCGUCAACAAAUUAGAGACCACCCACGAACCGCCCAAGACUUUCACAUUUGACACAGUGUUCGGACCAGACAGCAAACAGCUGGACGUUUACAAUCUGACAGCCCGCCCCAUCAUAGACUCAGUAUUAGAGGGUUACAAUGGGACCAUCUUUGCGUACGGACAGACAGGGACAGGAAAGACGUUCACCAUGGAGGGAGUGAGGGCAGUACCAGAGCUCCGAGGAAUAAUCCCCAACUCCUUCGCUCAUGUGUUCGGACACAUCGCCAAAGCAGAGGGCGACACCCGGUUCUUGGUUCGUGUCUCUUAUCUGGAGAUUUACAAUGAAGAAGUGAGGGAUCUGCUGGGGAAGGACCAGAUGCAGAGGCUGGAGGUGAAGGAGAGGCCAGAUGUGGGCGUUUACAUCAAGGACCUGUCUGGUUAUGUGGUGAACAACGCUGAUGACAUGGACAGGAUUAUGACAAUGGGGCACAAGAACCGCUCGGUUGGCUCCACCAACAUGAAUGAACACAGCUCUCGCUCUCAUGCCAUCUUCAGCAUCACCAUCGAGUGCAGUGAGAAGGGCGUGGAUGGAGACCAGCAUGUGCGCAUGGGAAAACUCCACCUAGUGGAUUUGGCAGGUUCUGAGCGUCAGGGGAAGACUGGAGCGACUGGCCAGCGGCUGAAAGAGGCCACUAAGAUCAACCUGUCUCUGUCCACGCUGGGUAACGUAAUCUCAGCCCUGGUGGACGGGAAGAGCACCCACGUCCCCUACAGGAACUCCAAACUCACCCGCCUGCUGCAGGACUCACUGGGGGGAAACUCUAAGACCAUGAUGUGUGCGAACAUCGGCCCAGCGGACUAUAACUACGACGAGACCAUCAGCACGCUGCGUUACGCCAACCGGGCCAAGAACAUUAAGAACAAAGCCCGGAUCAAUGAGGACCCCAAGGAUGCCCUGCUACGGCAGUUCCAAAAGGAGAUUGAAGAGCUUAAGAAGAAACUCCAAGAAGGGGAAGAGAUCUCAGGGUCGGAGGGCAGUGGAUCAGAGGAGAUGGAUGAAGGAGAUGACGAGGGAAGAGGAGGAAGGAAACGGAGAGGCGGUAGCUCCAGUAGCUCAGACUGCUCUGUAGCAGCACAGACCACUGAGGAGAAACCCAAGGCUCAGACUAAAGAAAGAGGGAAGAAGAAGGUUUCUCCUGACAAGAUGGUGGAGAUGCAGGCGAAGAUCGAGGAGGAGAGGAAGGAGCUAGAAGCCAAGCUGGAUAUGGAGGAGGAGGAGAGGAACAAGGCCAGGGCAGAACUGGAGAAGAGAGAGAAGGACCUGCUCAAAGCACAGCAGGAGCACCACCUGCUGCUGGAGAAGUUGUCAGCCCUGGAGAAGAAGGUGAUCGUAGGAGGAGUGGACCUCCUGGCCAAGGCUGAGGAGCAGGAGAAACUACUGCAGGAGUCUAACAAUGAGUUAGAGGAGAGACGCAGGAGGGCUGAGCAGCUCCGCAGAGAGCUAGAGGAGAAGGAGGCGGAGCGUCUGGACGUUGAGGAGAAGUACACCAGUCUGCAGGAGGAGGCUCAGGGGAAGACCAAGAAGCUGAAGAAAGUCUGGACCAUGCUGAUGGCUGCCAAGUCAGAGAUGGCCGACCUGCAGCAGGAGCAUCACCGGGAGAUCGAGGGCCUGCUGGAGAAUAUCCGCCACCUCAGCAGAGAGCUACGACUGCAGAUGCUCAUCAUAGACAACUUCAUCCCACAGGAAUACCAGGAGAUGAUUGAGAACUACGUGCACUGGAACGAGGACAUUGGGGAAUGGCAGCUGAAAUGUGUAGCGUACACCGGUAACAACAUGAGAAAACAGACCCCCGUGCCGGACAAGAAAGAGAAAGAUCCGUUUGAGGUGGACCUGUCCCAUGUGUACUUGGCCUACACAGAGGAGAGUAUGAGACAGUCACUGAUGAAGCUGGAGAGGCCCAGGACCUCCAAGAGUGGUAGGCCCAAGACUGGACGAAGGAAAAGAUCAUCGAAGCCCGAGGCUGUGAUGGAAUCCCUGCUGCAGUGAGAGAGACAGGGAGAGAGCCAAUCAGGGCUGGAGCCCCAUGGACUGCAAUGAAUCUACACUACUAUACCUUAGGAUCAACAACAGCAGUCAGUCAAUAGUCGAGCCUGAAGAUCUUUAUUGUUGAACGUUGUUAUUUAAAAAGAUUUUAUCUUAAUACACUGUAUAGCCGAGUAAGGUUUUAAAUGUGAAUGGAGAGGAGACGUUGGUUGAUGAAUUGGUUGGUUGGUCGGUGAAGGAGGGACCAUGCAGCAGCCACUGUACUGCAGGAUGUAAGCUGCUUCCCAAAUGGCACCCUAUAGGGAGGGAAUAGGGGUGCCAUUUGGGCCUGGCCCUUAAACUGGGGGUUAAUGGUCAAGUCAAGGGGACCUUGUAUUGUAAUAAACGGAGGCUUGUUGAGGAUA